AUUAAAUUGUACUUAUGCAAAAUAUAAUCUAUUUUAUGCAGUGGAGGACAUAACAUCUCAUCUAACAAUAUACAUUAAUACUCAUCUCUUAACCGGCGAAAAUGUCAGCUGAAGAAGUAGGAAUUGACGAUCAGCUUGAAAGGUUUAACAAUGAUUUGGUUGUGAAUAAUGUUCCUGUUAUCAUAUUCAUUGCUGUAGUGUGCACCAUUGGAAUUGCGGGAAACAGUGUUGCAUUCGCUUUCUACAGGACCAGAAUGAGCAGAAGUGUAAAUACUCUCUUUUUGACAGUUCUCUCGCUGAACGACCUGUUAACAUCCUUCAUUCUUCUGGACAGUAUUCUGGAUAUUGUUUAUUCAGUUAAUUUUACCAGUAAGAUAGGCUGCAAAAUUUUGACUUCAAUUAAUCGAAUCUUCAUAACUAGCUCAUUUUUGUUAAUUUUCUUAAUUGCUGUCGAUCGCUUUUUGACGAUUUUUAUUAUGAUGCCAAGAAUAGCGUUUUCGGUCCGAUCUUCGAAGAUUGCGAUAAUAGCAAUGUAUGUCUUCAACAUUUUGACGACUGUUCCCGAAUUUAUCAUAACUGAGCCCGUUGAAACAAUGGUUAACGCUGCAGGUGAUGGAAAUGAAACCAUCGCUGGGUCUAACUGUCGCAGUGGUGGUUCUAAUAACAAACAGAUGCAAAAUAUUAUGAAAGGUUGGAGAUUGGCAGAAUCGGCAAUAGUGCUAACGUGCCUUGUAACUAUCGCAUUAAUUUACAUUCUUAUAGCAAUAAAGGUUGCUUGUGUCAGAAAUAAAUUGCACGAACACAAAGGAAAACACCAGCAGGUGGUGAACACUGAAGAGUACAUACAUGACAACCAUGUUCAUGCAUCUAGUAUGGACAGCGAUAGACAUGUUGGGGAAGAAGUAGGGCAGAACUUUGACAAAGAUACUACGGACGAAACUGAAAUUAACGGUGAUGAAUGUACAACAGAAGAAACAGGUGCAAUCACAAACAAAACGGACGGAGAUAAAGAAACACACAUCAGCGGAGAAGCUACAGUUGAAAUAAUUGAGCUGGAGACAGUAAACACAAUUCAAAACGUUUCGUGUACGGAGACUUUACGAGAAUCAGCUUCAAACGAUAAACAAGCUGAAAUGCCUAAAACGAAAUAUCUGAAGAAAAGGAAGACUAAGACGAAUCGAAAUCGAAACACUGAGAAAAGAAUCACGCUGAUGAUGUUUGUUAUGACGUUGGCGUCAGUUCUAAGUUUCGGGCCGUACUAUGCUAUCUCUCUCGGGAAUAGGGAGAAUCAGUUUGAGUUCAAUAUCUGGAAACGAAUUUUUAUUCGAUCGUUUUUGUUCAACAGUUCCAUCAAUCCCUUUGUGAUCGGUUAUUUCAACCAAGAACUAAGGAAAUAUUUCAAAAGUGUCGUUCUGAGGAUAAAACCUUGCUGAUACAGUAUGUAACGUUAAACGGCAAUAAUUUGACCAAAAAUAUCCAAAAAUAAGAUAUUAAAUGCUUUCUCUCUCACCACCGAUCCUUAAACAAUAGUCAUAAUCGAUUUAUUUUACUGCUAAAAUUGUGAUAAAUAUGCAAUACAGCUUGGAUCGAAAACUCUUUGUUGAAGUUCAUAAAUAAUAAAUAAUUCAUUCUUCAAUAAAUUAGUAUUCGAAAUUUCUGGCGCUUGCUGACAAGACUUAAAACAUCACUAUACUGUAUAGAAUUCCAUGUCAUUUUCAGAUUUUCUGAUUCAGAGGUCAACAACAAUAUCCAUACUUGUGUUUCACUUAUGUAUACAGUUUAUGUUCUUCUAAGCGAAUAAGCCAAAACUUGAUGGCGGUUUUUAUGUCUAAUGUCGUUAUGUAAACCGCAUGUUAUUGUUCAAUUGUACAUACUUAACGCAUGGUUAUAUUAUCUUUGUUGAUGAACGGAUUGGAUUUGUUUUAAAGGGGCACCAUAUAGGUUGAGGCGAAACUCUUUAGUUAUUUUAAAGGCAUUAUUGUGUUUAACUCAUUUGACUUUAAUGAUCAAAACAGAAAAAAACUCAUGAUUAUGGUACUGAUAAAAUAUAUUAGCGAAAGUUUGGCGCUUUUUUAACAGGGGAAUUUGUGGCCACGCAAAUGUUAAUUAAAGAAAAGACAUUCAAAAUGGUUUUUAUGUUUUAUUUUAAAUCAUAUGCUUUUUGUAUUUUUUAUUAUUAAAGUCAAAAUAGUUAAACAUGAAAACGCCUUAAAAUUUAAAAAGACGUAUCUUCCACGGAAUUACUGAGUAUGGCAACUUUUGACUAAACAGGUGAAAAUUUUCAAUACAGAAAAGUUUUCACCCAUAGAAAGGUAACGAAACGCCACGUGCUGUUUAAUUUUAAUAAAUAAGAAAUAUUGCACACUAUUGAGGGUCAUAUGACAUUAUAAGGACAGGCCAGUCAGCCCCUGAAGGUUUUUAUGGACCGAGACGUAUAUGACCAACAGGAGUUCUUUUAGUCUAUAUUAUAAUGAUAGACCUUGAAGAUAGUAAGUUAUUUUUGUGGCCCGUAUAUUCUAUCUAUUGUUGUAAUUUACAUGUACUGAUACUAUCAACUUUGCUGUUUAAAAUGUAUACAUUAUACUAUUAAAAUUCUUAAUUUAUACUCUUAAAAGAACUCACCAUGCUAUCUUGUGCGUGUGGGCGGACCGAACAGCCAGGAAAACUAUGCAGUUGAUGUUUUCAUUGUAUACAGUGCAGUAAUCCAUCAUACUUUUUGUAAUUGCCUGCAUGAAUAAACUAAAAAAAUAUGUAAUCUAUUCAAAAGUACAUGCCUUUGUUUUCAGGUCACCAGGUCAUUAUUAUGUUUUGUGUUGUUAUGUUUGAUUGUUAUUUAUGUCGGAAAAUAGAUCAAUGAG